AUGCUUUAAUAGUUACCAAAAAGACCACCUAAAUCUUCAGCUCAAGAGAUCAGCAAAAUAUGCAGAAACAUUAAGCUUCUUACAAAUAUGUUUACUAUGUAAGUAGAAGCCCCCUAGUCUUCUGAUUCUGAUGGACCUCAAGGUUGUGUCUACAAACUUCUUUGUUAUCAAUAUGAUGUUGAAUUCUCUCCUAAUAUUGCUGAGGACAACAGAUCCCUAAGAUACAAAAUCUUUAAAGAAGCUCGCAGAGAUAUUGAGACAAUCAUAGGAAAAUUCUCUUUUUCAGGAAAAUCUCUAUUCUCAAUGAAAAAUCUUAGCAUAGUUAAGCUUAACAAAAUAAAGAAUAUUGAUGCGAUCAAUGUUGAUGGACAAAAAUACUCUAUCCUUUUGAGGUUCACAAAAAGCUUUGAAGUGAAUGAUGAGUCUGCUUAAAAUAAAGACAAGACGUCUGUAAACUUCAAAAAAGGCAAUCAAGUCACUUAGUUGCUCAAUAUCAUCUUAAAAUCUAUCAUGCGUGAUGAGAAAUUUUAGGAAAUUGGAAAGAAUUCUAAGUUCUAUGAUGUUAACUCUAAGAGUGAUAUUAUAAUCAAAAGUAGAGAUGGAUCUACUAGUGCCCUCGAAGCCUACAAAGGAUUCACUUUCAAUGUCACUCCAACCUAAGACAGACUUUACUUAAUGGUUGAUUACUGCAGUAGAAUUAUCAGAAAAGAAACUGCAUUAGAAUACUUAAAGAAUAACAACAAUUAAUUGUCUGGUCUUUCAGUAAUUACCAAAUACAAUAAUUAUCAAACUUACUUAAUCGACAGAGUAGAUGACAGAAAAACUCCUAGUUCUACUUUCCUUAACUAAAAAACUAAAACCUAAAUUAGUUUCGCAUAAUACUACAAGGAGCGUUAUAAUAUCUAAAUCAGAGAUAUGAGACAGCCCUUACUUGUUCAUAAAAGAAAAUACAGAGAGCCUAAUACUAACAUCUAAAAGGUUGAAGAAGUUUAUUUAAUUCCUGAAUUAUGCAAUAUGACAGGAAUGACAGACGAAUAACGUGAGAAUUUCUAAGCAAUGAAGGAAGUUGCUACUCAUACUAAACUUACCCCAUAAGAAAGAUAUCAAAAUUCUGUUAAUAAUUGUAAAUUUUUAAGUAACAAAACAAGUUCUAGUGGAAUUAAAAUUGAUGAAAGAAGCAAUUUGAUAGAUGCUGUUUAAUUAAGAGCUCCUAAAGUCACUUUAGGUGGUAAUAAGACUGCUAAUACCGAAAGAGGUAAUUUUGACAUGAGAGCUCCAACCUUAGAUAAAAUUGAGUUUAAAGAUUGGUCUCUUAUAUGUAACAAAAAAGAUGACUAAAGUGCAGAUAAUUUUAUAGACACUCUUAAGAAGGCUUCCUAGACAUUUGGAAUUACUGUCAACGAUCCUUGCUUUUUGGCCUAGAGAGACUGGAAUGCUAAUAACUGGAUUAGAUCUCUCGAUGAAGACUUUUCCAAUAAUGGUUUACCUCAAUUUGUUUUGAGUUUCGGUCAAGCCAAUAGUGGUUUAUACUCUGGUUUAAAGAGAUUUUUAACUUCAGAAGUAGGUAUAGAAUCCUAGCAUGUUAAUCCAAGAUCCCUCCAAAAGAACGGAAUGAGUGUUGCUUCAAAAAUUGCUCUACAAAUUGCCUCUAAACUAGGUAGAAGAAUCUGGUAAGUUGAAACCCCAACUGGAAUUGAUAAAAACACCAUGAUUAUCGGUAUAGAGACCAGUAUGAAGAAGAUCAAUAGAUAAUAGGUGAUUGGCGUUGUUGCUUCCAUCGACAAAGACUUUACCAAAUACUUUUCUGAUGUUGAAAUUAGGAAAGAAAAUGAUACUACUUUCCCUACUCUCUCUAAGAUUGUUACCAAAGCCAUAUAGGCUUAUGUUAAAAAUACCAAAGUUGUUCCUGCUGAAGUGAUUAUUUACAGAUAAGGACUUGGUGAAGGUCAAAUUCAAUAGAGUUUUAAUCUUGAAAUUAAAGCCAUUUAGAAUGGUUUUAGCAACUUUAAGAAAGAUUACAAUCCACGCUUAGCCUUUUUCUAGGUUAACAGAAAAAUUGGCCAAAAGUUCUAUCAAUAGCCUUAAGGUGACAAAUCAGAAGUUUCAAAUCCUGCUUCAGGUACUAUUGUAGCCUCUUAAGUUGUUUAGAACAACUUUGAAUUCUUCAUGGCUGCAUAAAACUGCAAUUCUGGUGUUUGUACACCCACUAAGUACACUUGUUUGUAUAACAACACCAACUUAAAAGAGGAUCAAAUCUGGUAAUUAACUUACUAUCAAACAUUCAACUAUUAUAACUGGCAAGGACCUGUAAGAGUACCUGCUGCUAUGAAGUACGCAGAAAAACUUGCUAAGUUUGUUAGUGACACUAUCCAAGAAUCUGCCAAUGAAAACUUGGCUAACAGUCUUUUCUAUUUGUGA